AUGAAGAAGAAGCACUGGGCUGUUGGGCUCUCGGUGUUGGGGUCUCUGCUUAUCACACUGCUUACCGUCUUCUCCACAGGUUUGUUCAUGUUGGACAGUGUACGACUUCAGGAUAUUCCAACGACGUUGAAGGCCUCGGCACAAUUCCACAGUGGUGGAUAUGAAAGCAAAAUGGUGGAUGGCGUUCCGGCCUUGAGCGUUGCCGGGGCUGCACGGUUCAAUCUUUCCUAUCCAACUGGGACAACAGAUAAAUAUGCCUUUUCGCCUUUCAACGCGUCCGACACAGAUCUAGGCACAAACACAGUCAUCACAGGCAUGGUGGAUUUGUUCUCUGCACACCUCGAAUGCGAACAAGGGAAACUCGUCAAUUGGACCACAUACAAUAUCACGGGGAACGGCACCAGUGGGCCUGAUUUCAUCCACCCAAGCUCGGAUCUCACUCUCAGCUCGCCGUCAUGCUCUACAAAUCCUUUUCAGGCGUCUUUAUUUGCUAUACCCAGUCACAAUAGUACCGCCGCCGAUGUAUUUUUCCAGAACUGCACAGGUAAUGGCCAAACCGGCUCACGGAUAAUAUUUGUGAGCGCAAGGUUGUGGACAGCUGGGCCGAAAUAUGCCAUAUCAGACAUGUACCCAGUCUUUUGCAAGCCCACAUACACAAUAUCCAAAGGAUUGGUUUCAUUGUUUGCUAGUAACCAGAGUGUUGCGCGUCUCCUUCCUCUCACCAAUGAAACAUCCCGCAGCAAUGCAAUUCCAGGCAUAGGAUCGUCCGAGAUCAUCGCGUCGUUAAACUCCAGUUUGGUGGGGGCGGAGAAGCCAGUUAGUGGUUUCUCAACAGGAAAUACCAGCAUUUCCCAUCUUGGAACUCUUUACGGGCUAGCAAACAUGUCUUCUCCGUUUGACGCGGAGAGUCUCUUUGAACCGUCGUCUUUCCAGAAUAUUUCAACAGGAACAUACCAGUCGAUAGUUGCACAGAUUGCACGACAACACUUCAUGACCCCUUCCGAUACUCCGUUCACAGGAACAUAUUCCGCCACCAAGCCAAGACUUAUGGUCCGAGAACUGUCUGUGCGAGCGAUGGAAGCGAUUCUGGCUGCUCUGAUUCUGAUAGCUGCAGUCAUGCUGGCCUGCAGACCAGUGCGUUCAACGCCAUGUGAUCCUGGCCCUUUGUCCGGUCUCGCAGCCAUACUAUCCAGGAGUUCCCAUCUGAUGGAUCGGCUCGAGGGCACACUGAAUAAGAAAAAUAUGAAAGCGAGGUUGACUGGUGGUCGAUACGUUGGCAAGGCUACAGACCAGGACGGCGAGAAGAUAUUCCGCAUCGAGGCAAUAUACCAGGGAGAGAAUGACUCUCAACCACCCGAUACCGAUGUUACCAUCUCUUGGUGGCAUUCCAUCUCCAGGUGGUGGCAGAUUGUCUCAAUACUCCUUCCUAUCUUGAUAAUCGCGGGACUGGAGGCUGCAUAUCAAGAAUCCCACCGCCAAGACGGGCUUGGAACCAUCACGUCUGAAGGCUACAUCCAAUACGUUUGGGUGUAUAUACCUGCAUUGAUCAUGUUGCUAGUGCGGAUCUUCACGAAUGGCAUUCACUUCUCUUCGAUGAUUCUCCAGCCCUAUGUUGAACUAAAACGCGGCGCAGCUACAGCUAGCAGCAUCAUGGAGAACCACCUAUCCAAGAUCACACUGUAUUCAUUUUGCUGUGCCCUGUUCAAGAAGCAGUUUGUCCUCGCUGCAUCUGCCCUAUCGGUCAUAAUCGCCCCUAUCUUAACCAUCGCUGUCAGUGGUUUAUACUCGACCGAGUAUGCGCCUGUUCCUCGCUCAGUGUCUAUAAUGGCUAGUGAUUCUUUCAACCAACACGGAGGACCUGCCUACGGUGAUACGUCAGGAUCAUCGCUUAUUGGGUCGUUGAUUGUGGCAAGAAACAUGUCCUAUCCAGCCUGGACGUAUGACGAGCUCAUCACUCCAAUUCUGCGGGAGGGGUCCCUGACUGACCUUGACGGGGAUAUCCCUUACCAACCAUCAAACAAAUCCGCCGAUGACACUGCUCUACUCGAUCUGACAAUUCCAGCGCUCCGCGUAAAUGCGAACUGCACCGCCUUCCCGCAGGAAAAAAUCUCAUUGAAAGAGUUUCCCGCCGGAGACUCAUCUAAGUGGGAGUUACAUAUGAACUUUGGCCCCGGCUGCCAAGCAUAUUCUGGUACAAGGAUGACAGUCGAAAGCGACAGCCCAAACUCCACAGAGACAGUGUUUGGGCAGUUCAACGACUAUAUAGCCUUCUUCGGCGACUGUCCCAACAUAGCAGUACUGUACGGCACCCUGACCCCGAACAAUUCCACCAGUGGCGUCCACGGAUUCACCUGCAAACCAUAUGCGAACCAGGUUCAAGCCAACACGACCUUUGCAUACCCAGGGCUGCAGAUCCAGUCAAUGAGUGUGGACGAAUCAACUAUGAAGCCCUUUCCAGGCUUCGCCGUGCCGGUCAUGACCUCUACCAUGCCCAAUAUCACCAACAGCGCUGGCAACAAGGCCUUUGACAGCUUUUUCUCCAUUAUGAUGAGCAUUCAGGGAGCCUUGAAUACAUCCGACAUCGUGAAUCCAGAUGCCAUGCCGUCAGUCAUUAAUGCUACGCAGCAUCUCUACCGCGUUCUUACGGCUCAAUAUCUCAAUUUUGAUGCUCGAACUGCCCCCUCCGCCUCGAUACCGUAUAACGGAACCAUCUCAGACCCUACACGAGUGCGUCUUGUGCAAAGUGAGAUUUCCACACGCAUCUUGGAAGGGUGCCUUGCCGCUAUGACAAUAUGCUCUCUUAUUGCGGUUUUCGGCACUCGAACGAGGAAAAUACUCCCUAUCAAUCCUUGCUCUAUCGCUGGCGCUAUGACACUACUAGCUGGUUCGGACAUAUUGAAAUCCGACGUUUUCCCACCAGGAUCAGAGUGGUACGACGAUAAGGAGAUGACAAGACGGGGAAUAUUGAACGGACUUAUAUUCGGACUUGGAUGGUGGGAUAGAAAGAGAUAUGGAAUUGAUAUUGGGAAGCCAGCGGAAACACAGUGUGACGGCUGA